GCAGGGAAGCUGAAGAGGGAGAGGUCCAUCCGAGCUCAGCAGGCCGCCGCGAAGGUGGAGGCCACUGUCGCGUUCCCGUGGAUGAGCGUGCUGGAGAAGAUUGCGGUCAAGCCCGGCACCGUGGCAUUGUACCAGAGGACCCUUCGAUUGUUCUUGGAGCACUGCCAGAGACUGGGCCUAACAUGGGCCUGUCACGACGAGCUGGACGCCAUCACUGUGGGUUACAUGAAUGCGAUGUACCUGGAGGGCCACGGGGCCGACGAGGCGAGCCGGCUGCUGGCCGCGCUGGGCUACGUCUUCCCGGAGCUCAACAAGGGGGCGCGUUUAGCUUUGCCGCGCUCGACACGGUGCGCCGUCAGCUGGAGCCGACGUGCGCCAGCCCAGUCGCGCCUGCCGCUGCCGCGGCCGGCAGCGCUCGCGAUCGCGGGCGGGAUUAUCAUGCUGGGCAUCCCGAGGAUGGCGAUCCUGGUUGCGGUCUCGCACGCCUGCUACCUUCGCCCCAUCGAGGCCAUGGCCCUCCUCGGCAAGAGCAUCGUGGCUGCGGUGCCAGUGGCCGGCGCGGGGUACACCAUGAUGGGACUGGUCUUGCACGAGACCUCGCUCGGGGUGCCAGGGAAGACGGGGGCCUUCGACGACGCGGCCACGAUCGACGACCGCUGGCUGUGGGAGCCCCUGCUCGGUCUGAAGGCCGCCGGCCACGCCGAGAGCACGCUGUGGGAUUUCAGCAGCGAGCUGCACCGCGAAGUGUUCAGUGCG